AUGUUAUUUAACCUUAAGUCACUCCUUUCUAUUGCAGUUAUUUUACAAGCUAUUAAUGCUGCACCAACUGAAGCCGGAUAUCCUCUACCUGGUUCGGACUCCCCUUCGGGUGCUUCAUGUGUUUACGUGUAUGCAGAUGAGAUAGCAAGUGAUGACUUUCAACCAACCAAGUCAACUUUAACCACCGUAUCUACAUUUUCUGCUGCUCAAGAGACUUACAACACAGGUACCGUUGAGAUUACAACAGGAACGUACAACCCUAUUACCACUUCAGAAGAGCAAAAUACUGUUUCGACAUCAUCAACCGAAACAUCUUCCUCAACUUCACCUGUUUCUACUUCAGUUUUCGGUUCUGAAGUUCAUAAAGGUAUUGCAACCUACUACGGUGUUGGUGUUGGUAACUGUGGCAAACGUUCUACUGACUCGGAAUUUGUUUGCGCAAUCUCUCAAAAAAUGUACAACACUUUAGCAGACAGCUAUUCUAUUUCUCAAUAUUGCGGUCAUAUGAUUAAUGUCACUCACGAUGGCAAAACCAUUCAAGUCAAGGUUGUUGAUUCAUGUCCUGAAUGUGACGAAAACCAUCUUGAUUUGAGUCCUGCGGCUUUUAACUCUCUCGCUGACCCAGUCCUUGGUAUCAUUGAUAUCGAAUGGACAUGGGCAUAA